AUGAUUGAGACUUCUGAGGGUGAGGUGGUGGUCCAAGUGAAAGCAGAGGAUGCAGAUGCCAGUCCGGUCAACAACCGCAUUACCUACAGCCUUGUGGCCACAGAGCACAGCUCCAUGUUUGCGGUGGAGCCCUCUAGUGGCAAGGUGUAUGUAGCAUCUCCUGCUGGUCUGAGUGGAAAUCUGACUCUGCAGGUGAUGGCAUCAGACCCACAUGGACUCAAUGACACAACAACAGUUAAGGUGGUAAUAUUGGAAAGCAGAGAUGUGGUGAUUUCCCUGAACCAGGAGAUCGGUACUGUGCAGAACAAAACCCUCGAGAUGAAGGAAGCUCUAGAGAGGGCCCUCGGCUGGUCUGUGAAGAUCAUCAGUGUGAGCAGCAGUAUGGGAGAGUUGGCCCUGAGUCGAACCAUAGCGAUCCACACACUCCAAGAAAAGGACACUCCAAGGACAUACGUCAGUUUUCUAUCAACAGAAACCAAUGGGACCAAUGUCAUACCAAAGGAGACCGUCCAAAAGAAGCUGCUGGAUGAUGAGGAGAAAGUUCUGGUGGAGUUGCGGGAGGUCUUUGGUCCAGAUGUACAGUUUCGUGUUGAGAUUACCGGUUCAGACACAAACAACUCAAUCAUCUUGGGAGCAAUAAUAGGUGUAGCGCUGGUUUGCAUUGUGGGAGGUGUUGCUGCUUUUUUUGGGUACAAAAGAACACAAUCAAAAAAACACAUCAACACCGGAGUACCAAUGAGCAACAUCAUAGACAACACGAGGGACAACGACUCUAUUGGAAGCACAGGUGAUUUGGCAAACGACAAUGACUCGGGGAAUAUGAAACCAGAUUUUAGGAAGGACAAUGACUCUGGGAAUCUGAAACCAGACUUUAGGAAGGACAAUGACUCGGGGAAUCUGAAACCAGACUUUGCAGACAAUGACUCGGGGAAUCUGAAACCAGACUUUGCAGACAAUGACUCAGGGAAUCUGAAACCUGACUUUGCUGCAGAGGCUAAUGUACGACGGAAGCGUCGCCCCUUACAUAGAAAAGGUAUACUUGAUGUGGUGUUUAAUGAGCAAACCUGAAGUAUAAUUUGAAAGUUCACUUUAUGUGGUGAGUUAACUAUGCAUGUGGUAUACUUGUAAGGGUACUAUUUUAAUUCUUCUUUGGAUUAAAUUGGCCCACUUUUCAGUUUAUAAUAGUCAACUCAUAAGUGUAACUACAUGUACUUUAUUGUGUACUGCAACUGUCCUGAGAACUAUAGUAAG